AUGCCAUCUCUGGCCGGCACGAUACGCGAGAGACAGCCAGAAAGGAUUAUUUCCGUAUUACACCUAUACUCGAAGUUAACCGACAGAUCAAACAGCUGCUCGUUGCCUACCCCGAAGUACCUUUUACCCGAACAGGCACGCCUUGCAGAGAACUUCUACGGGCCCGAAACGGAGAAUUAUAGCGAAGAUAAGCUCCUUACACGCCGAAUCCAGGGUAAGAAGGAUAUAGCUAUGCUCUUGGGCCUCUACAAGGCGAGUAGGCGAGGCAAACGCGUUGAUUAG